AUGGGGGGCCGCUGCCCCUGCUACGACUUCGACGGCGGCGUGUUCGUCGACUGCAACGCCGUGGACGCGGCGGCGGUGGGCGCGGCGCUGGCGCUGAUCGCCGCGCCGGUCAAGUCGCUGCGCGUGUACGAGCUGGACGCAGCCGUGGUCGAGCUGCCAGUGGGCUUUCUCGGCAACGGCAGCGUGCAGGAGCUGCAGAUCUCGCAGUCGGCGCUGCAGCGGCUGCACAGCGUGGCGCUGGUGCGGGGCCAGCUCAGCACCGUGCCGCGGCCGGCGCUGGAGAAGCUGUCGCAGCUCGCCAAGCUGGACCUCGAGAGCAACAAGAUCCGCCAGUUGGAGAGCUACGAGCUGCACGGGCUGAGCCUGGUCGCGCUCAACCUCAAGAGCAACGGCCUGGAGAGCGUCAGCGAGUACGCGUUCGCCGGCCUCGAGGACUCGCUGGUCGACCUGAACGUCGCCAAAAACCGGCUGACGCUGUUCCCGCUAAGCGCCCUGCGCCGCCUCAACGCGCUCGCCACACUCAACCUCGGCUCGAACCGGAUCGACACGAUCGCGCACGACGGCUACAGCCGGUUCGAGCGGCUGGAGACGUUGCAACUGAGCGAUAACCAGUUCGGCGCCAUCGGCGCGAGCACGCUGACCGCCUUCCCGGCGCUGCGGCGGUUGACGCUUCACCACAACAGUGUUUCGGAGGUGGAUGAGGCGGCGUUCGCCGUCAGCCGCCGGCUGGAGGCGCUCGACCUGAGCCACAACCGGUUGCGCGCGCUGCCGGCGCGGCUCUUCGCCAGCUGCCACGCGCUCAAGACGGUCGACCUGAGCGGUAACCACUUGCACCAGGUGCCGGACAGCCUGUUUGCCGACCACCCCGACCUGAGGGAGGUCUUUUUAGCGGACAACAACCUGCUGCAGGUCACCAACCUGACCUUCGGCAACGCCUCGCGAAUCACCGUGCUGCACCUACAGAACAACGCUAUCGCGCAGCUGGAGGCGGGCGCAUUCGCCUCGCUCGCGCAGCUCUCGCAGUUGCAUCUAAACCACAACCAGAUCGCGAGCCUUCCGGCCGGAGUGUUCAACGCCACCAAGGGCCUGACUGUGCUCAGCCUGGACGGCAACCUUCUCAGCGAGCUGCCCGUGCGCGUGUUCGCGCAGUUGACCAACAUCCGCGAACUCCGACUGCAGAACAACCGGCUGUCGGCCGUGCGCUCCGACGAUUUCUCGUCUCUCUCCAGCCUGCAGGAGCUGCACCUGCAGCAGAACCGGCUGAGCGCGGUCGGCGUGGCCGCAUUCGUCGGCCUGCACAACCUGCAGCACCUCAACCUGCAGGGCAACCGCGUGCGCCAGCUGGGGCGCGUGUUCAGCGGCACCCCUACGAACCUGAUCUCGCUGCAGCUGGACGCGAAUGCGCUGACCGGGCUGGCGGACGGUAUGCUACGCGACCUGGCCGUGCUCGAGAUCCUCUGGCUGAACGGCAACACGAUCGCGUACCUGCCGGCGGCGGCGCUGGCCGACCUGGCUGGUCUGCGCACGCUCUAUCUGCAGGACAACCUGCUGGGCGAGCUCCUGAACGGCACGUUCACCUCCUGUUCCAGCCUCACGGUACUCGACCUCAGCCGCAACAAGCUGCGGCGGCUCGACCGCUUCAGCUUCGGCGGGCUGACGAGCCUCGAGCGGCUCGACCUGUCCGGCAACGCUAUCAUGGACAUCGCGCCCCGCACCUUCGAGGCACUCACCGCGCUGCGGGAGCUGGACCUGAGCGACAACGAGAUCCCGGUGGCGCACCGCUUCAUGUUCGAGGGCGGUGUGCCGUUGCGCCACCUCGCGCUGCGCUCGUGCUCGAUCACGCGCGUCGAGGAGGGCACGUUCCAAGACCUGCCGCAGCUGGAGGAGCUGGACCUGCGGGACAACAUGCUGGAGAAGCUAGUGCUCGGCUUCAUGUGGGUGUCGACGCUCAAGUGGCUCUCCGUGUCUUUCAACAACGUGCGCGAGCUGGACCGCAGCGUCUACCACGGCGUGCCGCUGCUCGAGACGCUCGAGAUGGAAAAGAUGAACCUCAACAGCGUGUUCAUCAACCUUGUGGCGGACAACACAAACAUUCGUGUGAUCAAACUAGGGUUCAACAAACUGUCGCACAUCGACCCGGUCUUUUUCGAAAACCUGGUGGUGCUUCGCGAGUUGCAUUUAAAUUUUAACCUUUUUAAAAGUGUGUCGUUUCCCGCGCUCCGCAGCUUGGAGGUGCUCAACCUGACUCACAAUCGGCUCUCGGAGCUGACCGACCUGUCUGUGCGCGGCCUGAGCGGGCUCCAGGUGCUAGACCUGUCACACAACGCCAUCGUGCGCGUCUCGCCGCGGCCGUUUGCCAACCUGACGCGGCUGCGCACGCUGCUGCUGCAGCACAACCUGCUGAAGGUGGUGACGCCGGGCAGCUUCUACCGGGCGCCGCUGGUGACGCUCAACCUGGCCUUCAACCAGUUCGACAUGGUGCCGCUCUUCGUGACGGCCGACUCGCUCGACGCGCUGCGCAGCCUCAACCUGACGGGUAACCCGCUGCGUCUCGACCUGAGCCGGAACCAGCUGGAGCUGCUGCCGGCCGAACGGCUGCGUGGCCUCAUCGCUCUGCGCCGGCUCAACCUCAGCGGCAACGCGCUGCGCCAGCUGGACCGGCUUCCGGCCGACGUUGCCGACCUAGUCUCGCUCGACCUCAGCGGAAACGCGCUCAGCGCACUGCCCGCCGAAGCGCUGGCGCUGCUCGCCGGCGCCGAGAUCCGACUCAAGUCCAUCUCACUGACAGGUUAG